AUGCUUGAUACUGGAGAUAAAUCGUCAGUUAAGCAUGAACACAUCAUCUCCUCGCCAGCCACCCCCAGCAAGACUCCCUCUCUCAUAACCUCGUGCAAACGAUCCCCCAAGAUAGCCGCAUACUGUCUCGCCUUGACCUCGGGGAUCCUGUUAUAUGGUUAUGACCUCGUAAUUGUGGGAAAUGUAUCAUCGAUGCCAGAAUUCCAACGGGAUUUCGGUCGCAAACUCGACGGCAGCUUGAUCAUCCCUUCUCUUUGGCUGGGCCUCUGGAACGCUGGGAACCCCAUCGGGGGAAUAUUUGGCUCCCUCACUGGAGGAUUCGUACAGGAUCGUACGGGUCGCCCAUUUUCACUAGCUCUCGCGAGCAUCAUCUCCGCUGCAGCAGUCGCAGUGGCCUACGUCUCGAACCUCCCUAGUGAUAUUGACUCUCGCCGAUCUGUCUUCCUGGUUGCCAAGAUCGUUCAGGGGUUCGCUGUCAACAUGAUUAUGUGUACCACACAAACGUACAUGUCGGAGGUGCUUCCCCCCGCGCUACGAGGUCCGAUCCUAGCAUUCUUCCCCUUAUUCACGUUGCUGGGACAGCUGAUAGGUAGCGUGGUCGUCUUCACAUCCCUGGAUGCCCCGGGGUCCAGUGGAUACGAGAGAUGUAUCGGGUCGCAAUGGGCGUUCUCGGCUAUUCCCUUCAUCGUUUCGAUUAUUCUACCUGAAAGUCCAACGUAUCUCGUUCGUAAAAACCGAAUAGACGCUGCGAGGAAGGCACAGCGACGAUUAGAUUCAGCCUCUGUUGAUUCGGAUGCGAACUUGGCGCAAGUACGCCUAUCCCUGAGUCUGGAAACCGAAGGAAAUGGCAAUCAAGAAGGGAGCUAUAUCGAAUGUUUCCGUGGCGCUAACCGCCGACGCACCAUGAUUGUUUUGUUUGCCAACUUGAUCCCUCAGUUCUUCGGGUUAGCGCUAUUAGCCAAGGCUAGUUAUUUUUUGCAAACUGUCGGCAUGGGAGCUACCAACAGUCUCCUGUUCCUACAGGUUGGUAUCGCACUAGGUCUGGUUGCUAAUAUAGUGAGUAUGUGGACGCUGAUCAAAUUUGGUCGUGUGCCUCUCAUGCUGGUGGGUCUGUUCAUCUCAACCAUCCUCUGGACCGCCAUGGGAAUUGUCGGCUGUUUUCAGGGAAUAGUUACAGUCUGGUGGACUGCCGUCAGUUUAAUGGUGGUGAUCAUGACCUGUGGUUUCAGUGCCUGGCCCGCAUCAUACGUCGUCGCAGCAGAGGCAUCUGCUCUUCGUUUGCGCGGAAAGACUCAGGGUUUAGGCUGGCUGGUAAAUGGCCUCUCUACCGGGGUCUUCGGUCUCGUUUUGCCUUACAUAUUCAACCCAGAUGAAGGCGCUCUUCGCGCCAAAACAGGAUUCGUAUUUACUGGAUUCUGUGCGAUAGCCUUGGUCGGGACCUGGUUCAUCGUUCCGGAAAUGAAGGAUCGGAAGCCCAUGGAGAUAGACCGUAUGUUUGAGAUGGGACUACCUGCACGACAAUUCAAGUCUUGGUCCCGGUCAUUCCCGGAUGAAGAGGACGAACCUGUCCAGACUUCUGUCUGA